AUGGCAGAAAGUGAGGAAUUUCUGGCGUUUAUAGAGGAGGCAGGGGUUUUUGAUGCGGGAUUUUUUGGAUCGAGUUUCACUUGGAGUAAUAACAGGAGGGGACGAGCUCGAAUUUGGAAGAGGCUGGAUAGACUGUUAAUCAAUGAGAAGUGCCUAAAUGUUGCUUCGGCAAUAUCUGUUGUACACCUAGCACGACACCCUUCGGAUCACUCUCCGCUAAGAAUCUCCUUUGCGUCACGACUAGACAAUAAACCACGGCUUUUUCGCUUCUUGAAUGUAUGGGCAGCAAGGCCAGACCUAUUGGAGGCAUCAGAUUGGAAUAAGCAGUCAUUUGGGAAUGUAUUUGAUGCGGUCCGGGAGGCAGAGGCGGGAGUAUUGAGAGCAGAGGCGGUUGUGGAGAAUGAAACAUCGGAGAAGGCGCAGAUUGAGCUACAAAGAGCUCAAGCUGAACUUACGAGAUCGCUAGCAAUCGAAGAGCAAUUUUGGCGGCAGAAGGCAAGAGUGAAAUGGCUUCGUAGUGGGGACCGGAACACCAAAUACUUUCAUGCGGUGGUUAAACAGAGGAGAGUGCACGAAAUGAUACACAGAAUUAGGAAGCAGAUGGGCAAUGGGUGGAGGAUGACGAUGCAAUAA